AGGAAUUAAGGAUGGGGAGGGGAGCGGAGCCAGGGGAACAGAAAGAGAAGAGCGUUUGAAGAACUCAGCAACACACUUUAACCUCCUCAUGUUCUCUGCGGUCGUUAUUUUGAUUCAGGAGAUGAACGUCGCUUAAUGAAGGAUGGAAGCCUGAUACAUAACAAGACUCAAAUGGAAAGUGAAGCUGAACUGCUGAUCUCACUCAGAAUGUCUCUGACUGUUUCCCUGCUGUUUCUGCUCUUCAUCUCAGGAGUUGUUGCUCAGGAUGGGUGGGGUGUGAGUUACAACUCUAAAUCUUUCUGUGCUCUAAAGGGGUCUGCAGUGACCAUGGAGUGCACUUACACAGCUCCAAGUAAUCACUCAGUCCAAAAAGCUUUCUGGACUAAGGAGCUGGUUACAUCUGGUUCAGAACCUCCUGAUCUGUUAGAUGAUCCAGAGUACAGAGGCAGAGUUCAGUACCUCGGAGAUGAACACAGUGACUGCACUCUCAGAUUUAAGACUGUGAGAGAAAAGGAUCAAAGUAAAUACUACUUCACAUUUAUAACAGACCAACCUGGAGGAAAGUAUCAAGGAGAAGGUGGAGUUGAUCUUUCAGUCACAGAUCUCCAGGUGGAGGUUCCUGAGAGAGUGAUAGAGGGAGAUAAAGUCACUCUCACAUGUAAAACCACCUGCAGACUGACAGUCAGACCAACAUUCACCUGGUACAGAAAUGGACAUCGUUUAUCCUCCAGUACUGACCAACUCCACCUGCAGCCAGUCAGCAGGGAGGAUGCAGGCAGGUAUUGCUGUGCUGUACUGGGUCUUCGCUCUCCUGAGGUCUCUCUGAAUGUCAGAUAUCCUCCAAAGAAUGUCAGAGUAUCCUCUAAUACAACAACAGAGGGCAGUUCAGUGACUCUGACCUGCAGCAGUGAUGCAAACCCACCUGUGCUGAACUACACCUGGUUUAAAGAAGGUGGAAGCUCACCUGUAGGAUCUGGACACAGUUACAGUGCUCUACAGAGUGGAUCCUACUACUGUGUGGCUCAGAAUGGACACAGAUCUCAGAAAUCAGCUGCAGUGACUGUCACUGUAAAAGAGAGUGGAAAUACAGCUCUGUAUGCUGUGCUUGGAGUAUUUAUUUUUGGCAUUGUUUUUGGUCUGGCUGGAUGGUAUUUAUGGAAAAAGAGACGAGAGCCGUGUAAACAAGAUACUUCACCUGCCAAUGCUUACCAUUUGACAUCAAAUGAGUGAUUCAACACCUGAUCCAGGUCCGUCCAAUCAGGAUGAUGUUCAUUAUCAUCACAGUGUUGUACCCCUGAGAGUCAGAAAUGAUAGGAAUCCUUAGAGCUUAGCAGUAGCAGCUUUCGACUUAGGACUGGAGGACUGAUGUUUUGUGCAUUAGUGUUGUUAUUUCAGGAGUUUGGUUGCUAAGCAAUGGCACUGGUCAGCUGGUAAUGUGUGAAAAAACAGGUACACAGGUAAAAUUAAACUUUUCUGUUCACAUACGGCCGUAAUGUUACUCAUACUUCAUAUUACAACAUCUUACUAAAAUGUUUGAAAAAUUUUGCCUCAAUUCAGCCACCAAAUCAGCAAAGAACUCCUGUUUGAACAGCACCAAUUAAAGCUCGGUGUGUUUGUGCACGUUAUAUUUUAUUGUUUAUGUAAAUACAGAUUGUUUGAGUGGCUUCUGAAGUUUUGGAGUUGCUUUUUAAAUGAAUAGAUUUAGGAAAGAAUGAAUUUCCAACUGAAGAAAUGAAAUUUCCACAUUUAAAAUGAUUGUUUUUUUAAUCUGUUAAAUCAACUGUGAGGUGGGCCUGUGCUCAACUGGAUCCAUGUUUCUUUUGUACUUACAUGUUGCACUUAAUUAUGGACUUAUAAUGCUUUUGUUUUUGAAAGAUCUUGUUACAUAUGCUGUAUGUAUAUUUUUAUAAUGUUACGUAUUGAACAUCUCAGCAUGCUCACUGCGUGUUUCCCCUCAUGUUGUCAUUGUCGGACCAAAACCUUCAGAACAGUAACUUUACACGAGAAGAAAACAACAUUUGACUGUAAUGUAAAUUAAUAUUGAGUCUUUAUUCUAUUUUAUUUUUAUAAUUAAU